AUGAAGUGGCAGUAUACUUUGCUGCUCCUAUUUUUUAUAUUAAAGUCAACAUAUUCAUCUAAUAAUGAUGGUAAAUUAGUAAUCACAUCAUUGGUUGCUCAAUGGAAUCAUACUUCUUUUAUUGCUGAGAUUGCAGAAUUUAUUGGAAAAGAAGAUCCUACAUUAUUUUUUAAAUAUAUUGAUUUAUUAACAGAAAAAAAUGAUAUUAAUAUUGAUAAUCUUGAGAAAGAAUAUGAAGUAGGAAUUAAGUUGGCUGGAGAAAUACUUUCAGAAAGCAGACUAGAUUUAUUAAAACUUUCUCUUUCAUUAAGAGUUGCAUCACCUGCAAUAGAAUUAUUUCAAAAAUUAGGUAAAGAAAAAAUUGAUGGAAAAAAUUGUAUUGCUUUUGUUGAAAUUGGUGAUAAGUUUAUAUGUUCUGCUAAUGAAUUGGAAGAAAUUUUUACAAAUGGUAAUAAUCUUAAUGCUGAAACUUAUUCUAUUGAUCAUAUUUUUUAUUCAAAAAAGAUAAGAAAUAAUGAGAUUAUUGGUACUAUUAUCUUGUAUGGAAAUUACGCAAGUAAAGAAUUUGGUCAAUUAUAUAAUAUUUGUAAAAAAGCUUCAAAAAAUGGAAAAAUUAAUUUUGCUGUUAGAUUUUAUGAUAGUCAAGAAAAACCAGAUGCAAUGCCUGUUUCACUUUCUGGUUAUGGAGUUGAACUUUCAAUUAAGAAUACAGAAUAUAAGGCAAUUGAUGAUAGUAAUGAAAAAAAAGAUAAUUUUGAAGAUGAUUUACCAGAAUUGAAUGAUGUUCAAGGAUUUAAUUUUAAUAUUUUAAAGAAAAAACAUGUUGAUCUUGUGGAACAACUUAAACAACUUAAAGUUUUCUUAGCAGAAUCUGAUGAAUUAACUCCUUUAAAACAAUGGGAGGUACAGGAUAUUUCUUUUCAAGCAGCUCAAAAAGUUUUUAACGAGCCUAAUGCAGAAGCUGCCAUUGAAACAUUAGUUGAUAUUUCUCAAAAUUUUCCAAUACGUGCAAGAUCUAUAUCCCAAGUAGCAGUUGAUCCAAAAUUAAGAAAAGAAGUACAGGAAAAUCAAGAAAGGUUAAAUGAUGAAUUCGAAAUUAGUCCGGGUGAAAAUAGUAUAUUUAUAAAUGGUAUAAAUAUUGAUGCAGAUUCUCUUGACAUUUAUAGUUUAUUAGAUACUCUUAAACAAGAAGAAACACUUGCAAAUAGUUUUUAUGAAAUGGGUUUUCGACGAGAAUAUCUUAGUUUAUUGUUUAGUUUAGAUUUCUCUGAAAGUAAAGAAUCUUUUGCAGUUGAUUUUCGGGAAGCUUUUCCAGAAUAUAUUAAUAAUCUUGAUAAAGAUCCUGAAUAUAAAAGAAUGGGAAAUUCAGUUAAACUUAUGCUUCAACCAUACUUUCCAGGAAUGAUAAGGCCUAUUGCUAGAAACUUUUUCAAUCUUAUAUUUGUUGUUGAUCCUGGAAAGGUUGAUCAAAUUGUUUUAUUAAAAAUUGCUCAUUCAUUUUAUUCACAUCAAAUACCACUAAGAAUUGGUAUUAUAUUUGAUGUUUCUAAUGAAGAUGAUGUUAAUGGAAUGAAUGAUAUUGGUGUUGCUGUUGUUAAUUUUUACAAUUAUGCUAAAUCAGAAAAAAAUGCUGCUAAAGCUUUAAAUCUUUGUAUGAAAAUGUUUGACAGUCUUAUGGAUGAUCUUACUAUUGAAAAUAUUCAUAAAUUCUUUAAAAAAAAUUUUAAGGAUGUUGAAAUAGAUGAAGUUUUUGGUAAAGAUUCAGAUUACAAUCAAGGAAGAGCCACAGGAAGAUCAUGGAUUAUUAGAAGUGGUUUAGGAAAAUCACCUAAAGUUUUAUUAAAUGGUGUAGUUUUUGAUCAAAGUAGUUUGUCUGCUGAUAAAAUUGAAGAAGCUGUUAUGAAUGAGGUUAGCAAACAAACACCAUAUAUUCAAAAAGCUGUUAUGAAUGGUAAACUUACUGAUAAGGAUAAUGUAAUGAAUUGGAUAAUGUCAAGACCAACUGUUUUGUCAAGAUUAAACAAUAGAAUUUUAAAUAAUGGUGGAGAAUAUUUAAAAAUGACAAAUGUAAUGCCAUGUAAAGUUAAGAAUGUUAAUGAGUUUAACAAAUUAAGUGAUGUAGAAAAAACUCAGUGUAUUAUCACUAAGAUGAAAUAUUUUACUAGAAGUGAUGUUGAAAGUACGAAACCUUUAACAAUAUGGCUUGUUGGUGAUAUGGAACAAUUUGAAUCUCGUGAAAUGCUAAGAAACGCCUUAAAAUUUUUAAAAAAGAGUAAAUUUUCUAGAAUUGGUCUUAUAAAUAAUCCUAAAGAUGGAAUGAAAAACUUUGGAAAAGUCACAAAAAUAAUAAACAGUAUAAUUAGAUUGCUUCCACAAAAUAUAAUUAAACAAAUAUUACCAAAAAUUUUAGCUGAAUCUGUUAUUAAAAAAAUUGAAAAUGAUCAAUUUUCGAUAGAUGAGUUUGCUGUGAAUGGUAUGUCAACUGAUAAUUUCAAUAAAGAAGCUAAACUUUUAUCUAAUGAACAAUUGAAAUUUGAAGUUAGUUAUGCUAAAUCAGUUUUAAAUCUUAAUCAUGGUGACAGAAAAUACAUUGUAAAUGGUAAAUCAUAUGGUACACUAGAAGAAAAGGAAAUUGUUGAAGUCGAUGAUUUUGAUCUUCUUGAAAAAAUGGCUAUAUCAAAAGGUGCUAACAAAGUAGCUUCUCAAAUCGAUAGAUGGGGUGUUGAAAAAGAUAAUGGAAAAAGUAGUGAUGUUGUUAUGAGAAGUAUCUCUGUUAUUGGUAAUUCUAAUACAAAAAAAACACGUCAUUGGGUUGUUUUGGCUAAUGAUCAAAAAUCAGUUGUUCAUUCAAUUUCUCAAGAUGAUAAAAAAGCAGUACUUGAUAUAAUUGUUGUUACAGAUCCCUUAACUAAAGGUGCUCAAAAAUUAAGUGCCAUCCUAAAACUUAUACUUAGAUCAUGUAAUGCUGACUUAAAAAUUGUUUUAAAUCCUCAAGAUAAAUUAAGUGAACUUCCUUUAAAACGAUUCUAUAGAUUUGUUGCUGAUCAAGAAAUUUCAUUUACAACAGAUGGAAAAGUUAUAUCUCCUGUUGCUGUAUUUGAGAAUUUACCAAAAAAACAAUUAUUAACAUUGAAUGUAAUAUCACCAGAUUCUUGGAUGAUACAACCAAUCUUUGCAGAGUACGAUCUUGAUAAUAUAAAAAUGGAAAGUGUCGAAAAAAAUAUUGUUGCUAAGUUUGAAUUAAGAAAUAUACUUCUUGAAGGCCAUUGUUUUGAUGAUAUAACGGGUUCACCACCAAGAGGUUUACAAUUUGAAUUAUCAAAUUACAAUAGAAAAAUAAAAUAUGAUACUAUUGUAAUGGCUAAUUUAGGUUAUUUCCAAUUAAAAGCAAAUCCAGGAAUAUGGAACUUAGAGUUACGCCAAGGAAGAAGUGAAGAAGUAUAUAAUAUUGUUGAGCAUAAAAAUACAGAAAGUCAAAAUGGAUCAAUUGUAAAAGUAAUGGUGGAUUCUCUUCCAGGAAGAGUAAUAAAAAUAAAAGUUUCUAAAAAAGCAGAUAAAUUAGAAGAAAAUCUUUUGUCUGAUGACAAAGAUAGUUAUGAAGAUGAUGACGAUGAAGAAAAUUCAAUUUGGUCAUCAGUUACAAAAUAUGUUAGUGGUGAGAAGUAUGAUGAAAUUAAUAUUUUUUCUUUGGCCUCAGGGCAUAUGUAUGAACGUUUGAUGAGAAUAAUGAUGGUAUCUGUUAUGAAGCACACGAAACAUCCUGUUAAAUUUUGGCUUUUAAAUAAUUAUGUUUCACCACAAUUUCGUAAUUCACUUGAACCAAUGGCAAAGAAGUAUGGUUUCAGUUAUGAAUUAGUUGAAUAUAAAUGGCCUCGUUGGUUACAUAAACAAACUGAAAAACAAAGAAUCAUGUGGGGUUAUAAGAUUCUAUUUUUAGAUGUACUUUUCCCACUUCAUGUUAAAAAAAUUAUUUUUGUUGAUGCUGACCAAAUUGUUAGAACUGAUUUAAUGGAACUUAUGAAUUUUGAUCUAAAUGGAGCUCCAUAUGGUUAUACACCAUUUUGUGACAACAAAAAAGAAAUGGAUGGUUUUAGAUUUUGGAAAACAGGAUAUUGGGCAAAUCAUCUUGCCGGAAGAAGAUAUCAUAUUUCUGCUUUAUAUGUUGUGGAUCUUGUUAAAUUCAGAAAAAUUGCUGCUGGAGAUAGAUUAAGAGGACAGUAUCAAGGAUUAAGUGCAGAUCCAAAUAGUUUGGCUAAUCUUGACCAAGAUUUACCUAAUAAUAUGAUUCAUCAGGUUAAAAUAAAAAGUUUACCACAAGAAUGGCUUUGGUGUGAAACAUGGUGUGAUGAAAAAUCAAAGAAGAAUGCUAAAACAAUUGAUUUGUGUAAUAAUCCUCUUACAAAAGAGCCAAAAUUAGAUGCUGCACGAAGAAUAGUUCCAGAAUGGAUUGAAUAUGAUGAAGAAAUCAGAGAAUUAUUGGAAAAAAAUAAAAUAUCCAAUUUAGUUAAAGAAAAUGAAGAUAAAAAUAAAAAUACCCACAGUGAAUUGUAA